AUGAAGAGAAAUGUGAGUGAGAAAUUGAUGCUACAGAGGCAAAGAAAGAGAGGUGAUGACAAGAAGAUGAGAUGCUUGAUAAGCAUCAAUUUUCUUGGGAGUGCAGGGCCUAUAAGGUUUAUGGUGAAGGAAGAUGAUGUUGUUGCCGGGGUCAUUAACACUGCUUUGAAGAUUUAUUCUAGCGAAGGCCGCCUUCCUGUUCUUGGCUCUGAUGCCAACAACUUCCUUCUCUACUGCCCAAAUGCUGGCUCAGAUGCUUUGAAUCCAUGGGAACCUAUAGGAUCAUGUAGGGAAAGGAACUUUGUGCUAUGCAAGAAGCAGAAGCAACAACAAAUGACAGAAGGAAGGUCAGAGAUGAUAACCCACAAGGCUUCUGGUUGGAAGGCAUGGCUCAACAAGUCCUUUAGCCUUAAUAAGAUAUUGUCUCUUUGA